GCGGGGGCUGCCCCGGGGUGCGGGGCUCCGGCUGGGCGCCGGGAAGUUGUGCGGAGUUGCCCCGGGGCAGGGCUGCGCCUGUCCGGGUCCUGCCGGGCCCAGGAGCCCGCUGGCUUCGUCGUCUGUCUAUCUAUCUAUCUAUCUAUCUAUCUAUCUAUCUAUCUAUCUCUCUCUCUCUAUUUUUCUGUCCGUCUUCCAGUAUUGGGAUGCAUGUAUCUAUCUAUUUUUCUGCCUUUCUAUGUAUGGAUGUAUGUCUCUUUUUCUCUAUGUAUUAUGUGUGUGUCUCUCUACCUAUCUACGUGUGUAUGUCUAUUUUUCUGUCUGUCUUAAUAAGUUUGGAUGCAUGUCUCUAUUUUUCUGGCUAUUAUGUAUGAGUCUGUCUGUCUACCUAUUUAUUUUCUGUCUCUUUCUCUGUUUGGAUGCAUGUAUCUAUUUUUUCUUUCCAUGUAUGGAUGGAUCUAUUUAUUCUGUUUUUCUGUCUGUGUAUUUAUGCACGUAUCUGUUUUUCUGUCGGCGCGUGUCUAUUUUUCUGCCUAUUUUUCUAUGUUUUCUGUCUCUUGUGUCCGCAUGCAUGCAUGUUUCUCUCUGUUUGCGUGUGCAUGUGAGUAUAUUAUGCAUGCAUCUAUUUUUCUAUCUGUGCGUGUCUAUUUGUCUAUGUUUUCUGUCUCUGUGCACAUGCAUGCAUGUUUCUGUCUGUCCGUGUGUGCAUGUGUGUAUUAUGCAUGUAUCUAUUUUUCUAUUUGUACAUGUCUGUUUUUCUGCCUGUUUUUCUGUUGGUCUCUGUGUGUAUUAUGUAUGUAUCUAUUUUUCUGUCUACUUUUCUGGCUACAUCUGUGCCUCUGGGGGGCAGGGCACGACCCCCGCUCCCCAGGGCCUUCCGACGGCGCUGGGGCCGGGCCGGGAGAGCCGCCGCGGCUGCGGGGGGGGGCAGCGGAGCCGAGUCCCCCCUGGCUGCGAUGCCGGCUGCCCCGGGGGAGACGGGCCUGGCGGGUCCUGGUGGCCUCUGAGCCUCGCCAGCCCCGGCCCCACGGGAGCGGCCCCUGCCCGCGCACCGAAGCGCCUGGGAAAGUACCGUAGAGACCCCGCUCCCGCCCCCGACGCCGUCCCCCAGCAGCGCCCAGUCUCCCACCAGCUGCCCCGGGGCCGAGGAGCGAGGAUCGGUCCCCGGCUCUGCUCUGGGGUCAGGGGCCCCGCGGGGCUUUGCACCCUUUCAGCUCCCAGGACCAGCCACGACGGGCAACGUCGGGGCGAAGGAAAGCCCGGUCCCCAGGCAGCCUGGGGGGCCGCUACCUGCUCCCCUCGGCAUAUUUGCACCCCCCUGGCUCGCCCAUGCCGCUGGGCACUGUCCUCACCCACGCGGGGAACCGAGGGCCCCGUGGGAAACCCUCUCCCCUCGCGGCUGUGCCAGGGGGCCGGCGGCGGCGGCGGCGCGGGGAGCCGGGUCCGAGCCUGCGGCUGUUUGCAGCACACACAGCUCCUUCCAUUGCGACGUAAUUCAGAGAGAAAUCUCGGCGUCACGUUUCCUUUAGAGGAGGUCGGGGGUGGAAAUCAAAUGAAAGCAUGGAGGUCCCAUCGUCGCGAUUGUAUCCGACAUCCCUAUUCCAGCGGCUAUCAGGGAUAGUCGAUGAAGAGACCGAUAGAGAGACCGAAAACCGAUGCGAUAUUGAAAGUGCGAAUUUAUACAGGCGUGUAAAUACAAGGCAUGCAGGAGCAGAUGCCCAUGUGUGUAUGUGCAUAUACAUUUAUGCAUACGCAUACCUUUAUGUGUGUGUAUGUGUGUGUAUAUAUACCCCCCUUUAUUUUAUAUAACACA